GCAACCAUGGAGGGCGAGCUUUCGUUGAUGGAGGAAAAAAACGAGGGGCUUACGCAAAAACAACAAAAAGAACUCCUCUGCAAAAGAGUCGAAGAAUUAAAGUGUUCCAAUGCAGCCCUCCUGGCAGAGAAUGACAUGUUUGAACAGUUCAUCAGCCGCCUGGAUCCACAGGACCUGGAGUCCCAGGCUGGGGGAGAAGGUCCGGGGGCAAUGGGAGGCUCCCAGCUGGAGCGUGGGGCCCGUGGACGUAGGCGGAAGUCCCGUUCUUAUGUAUCAGAUCGACUCCAGCUGCUGACUUUUGAGCAGAAACUUUAUGUGGCACAGAGGGAAGUAACAGAGACACAACAAGACCAGGAGAAGCUCAAACAGAGAUAUGAGAGAAUUCAGGACAACUACAAGGCAUCUCUGAAAGAGGCAGAAUUGCGUCUAGAAGAUAUUAGGAAGGCCAAGAAAGAGUUUGAACACAGACUGCUAAAGCCUAUGAAGGACAGCAGAUUGGAAAUGAAGGAGCCAGGGAAGGUGCUCCGGUACAUUGAAGACAAGUUAAAGGUCACCCAGUUGGAGAGGUUAAAUCUGAAGAACCAGGCACUGAAGGUCCAGGAGAAGAAGCUCCAGCAGCAACUUCAACAGAAAAAAGAGAUGGGAAAAGCCGAGUACGAGGAAAUUUUCCAGGAGCACAAUGAGCAGAGAAGUGACAUAAAUCUGGAUGAACUUCAAGUCAACAGUUUGAAAGUACAACGUGUCCUGAGUUCAUACAAGGAGAAGCUGCAGAGUGUAACAUGGGAGUCUACAGAACUGAGCAAUGACAUCUGCAACAGGAAGCAGAUGCUGGCAAAAAUUGAGGAGGAGAUACAACAUGCUGAGCAGGAGCGUUUAAAGGCAGAAGCCCUCAACCAACACCUGCGCUGCCAGAUGUCAGAUUAUGAGGCUCCUGAUAUCACUGAGUACAUACACGUCAAGGACAAACACAAGAAGCUGCAGCAGAGCAUUCACACUUGGGAGAGGAAGGUUGGGAUUGCUGAGAUGGCCUUGAAGACUCACACUAAAGCCUGGAGCAAACAGAGAGCCACUCAAACUCCUGCAAACAGUGCUGCGGCUGGAGCGAGGUCUGGGGAAAACCAAAUCCCAGUAAAGCUCCCAUACAUAGCAGAGCACUACACAUAGAGAAGCUGGGAAAUAGAAGACGGACAGGAUUCAUUAAAUAAAUGAAUGGCUGGAGGAUGGACACUGUGCUACAGCUGCAAAUGUCACAGUAAUGAUUUGUCAUAACAAAGAAAACCAUGUGCUUUGUGCUUCAAGGUUUCUUAUAUUCUAGUUUUUUUGUUCAGUCACACUCAUAGUGACAAUAGUGAGUGAACUAUGUGAAAGAUUUGUACCAUGCAUCAUCAACGAAUUGUACCGAAGCCCAGUCACAUUCAGUAACAAA